AUGACCGAUAUACACAAUUUGCCUUACAUCGCAUCCUACAUCGCCGAUGAUGACGGAGACUGUGUGGGGGAGGAGAAUUGGGUGGACAGUCGGACGGUGUACAUCGGACAAAAGGUACCCCCUCCGGGAGCUGAGGCCUACAUCCCUCAGCGGUACCCCGACAACCGCAUUGUCUCCUCCAAGUACACCUUCUGGAACUUCAUUCCCAAGAACUUGUUUGAACAGUUCAGAAGAAUUGCAAACUUCUAUUUCCUGGUCAUUUUUCUGGUUCAGCUCAUUAUUGACACUCCCACAAGCCCGGUCACCAGUGGGCUCCCUCUCUUCUUCGUCAUCACCGUCACCGCCAUAAAACAGGGCUAUGAGGACUGGCUCCGGCACAAGGCUGACUGCUCCAUAAACGAGUGUCCGGUGGCGGUGGUGCAGCAGGGGAAGGUGGUGAGGACGCAGAGUCACAAACUGCGGGUGGGGGACAUCGUGAUGGUGAUGGAAGAUGAGACGUUUCCCUGUGACCUCAUCCUGCUCUCCUCCAGCCACGAUGACGGGACCUGCUACGUCACCACCGCCAGCCUGGACGGCGAGUCCAGUCACAAGACCUAUUAUGCUGUACCAGAUACCAUGGCCUUUAGAACGGAGCAGGAGGUGGAUUCUCUACAUGCCACUAUUGAAUGUGAACAACCGCAGCCUGACCUCUACAAAUUCGUGGGACGCAUCAACAUUUAUAAGGACCGGGAAGAGCCAGUGGCCAGGCCGCUGGGGGCUGAGAAUUUGCUCCUCAGAGGAGCGACCCUGAAAAACACACAGCGCAUUUAUGCUGUCGCCAUCUACACCGGCAUGGAGACCAAGAUGGCUCUCAACUACCAGUCCAAGUCCCAGAAGCGCUCCGCUGUAGAAAAGUCAAUGAAUGCGUUCCUGAUCGUGUAUCUCUGCAUCCUGAUCAGCAAAGCGGUGAUCAACACUGUUCUGAAGUACGCCUGGCAGUGGUCCCCGGACCGGGACGAGCCCUGGUACAACCACAGGACCGAGAACGAGCGCCAGCGCCAUGUGGUGAUCCGAGCAUUCACUGACUACCUGGCCUUCAUGGUCCUGUUUAACUACAUCAUCCCCGUGUCCAUGUACGUUACCGUGGAAAUGCAGAAGUUCCUGGGCUCCUAUUUCAUCGCCUGGGAUGAGGAGAUGUUCGACGAGGAGCUGGGAGAGGGAGCACAGGUCAACACCUCCGACCUCAAUGAGGAGCUUGGUCAGGUGGAGUAUGUGUUUACUGAUAAGACGGGCACGCUGACAGAGAACAACAUGGAGUUUAUUGAGUGCUGUGUGGAUGGUAACGUCUACAUCCCUCACGCCAUCUGCAAUGGCCAGAUCCUCAGCGCCGCUUCCAGCAUCGACAUGAUCGACUCCUCACCCGGGGGCUACCGGAGGGAGCACGAGGACCUGUUUUUCCGGGCUUUGUGUCUAUGCCACACGGUCCAGGUGAAGGAGGAGGAGACAGUGGAUGGAAUCAAGAGGGGCAUCCACCAGGGCAGGCCCACCUCCUUCUACAUCUCCUCCUCGCCGGAUGAGGUGGCCCUGGUAGAGGGCAUGAAGAGAUUGGGUUACACUUACCUGAGACUGAGAGAUAGCUACAUGGAGAUUCUCAACAAAGACGAUGAGAUUGAGAGGUUUGAACUGCUGCAUGUGCUGAACUUUGACUCGGUCCGGCGGAGGAUGAGCGUUAUAGUCAAGUCAAGCUCAGGGGAGUACCUGCUGUUCUGUAAAGGAGCAGACUCCUCCAUCUUCCCGCGGGUGGUGUCGGGAAAGCUGGAGCAGGUAAAAGCGCGGGUGGAGCAGAAUGCUGUGGAAGGGCUGCGGACGCUGUGUGUGGCCUAUCGGAGGCUGUCGCCAUCCGAGUACCAGGAGGCGUGUCAUCACCUGAACGAAGCCAAGCUGGCCCUGCAGGACAGGGAGCAGAGGUUGGCGCAGGCUUAUGACAUCAUCGAGAGGGACUUCGUGCUUUUGGGGGCAACCGCUGUGGAGGACAGGCUCCAGGAGAAGGCUGCAGACACUAUCGAGUCACUCCACAAGGCUGGGAUGAAGGUGUGGGUCCUCACGGGCGACAAGAUGGAGACGGCGGUUGCUACGUGCUAUGCUAGCAAGCUGUUCCGCCGAAGCACCCAGAUUCUGGAGCUGACCAAGAAACGCACGGAGGAGCAGAGCCUGCACGAUGUCCUGUUUGAACUGAGCCGAACCGUCCUCAGACAGCGCUCCGUUUCCGGGUUGUCGGUAGACUGCCUUGACUUUGGCCUGAUCAUAGAUGGGGCCACUCUGUCAGCAAUACUUAAGCCCAACCGCGACGGCACCUCCCCAGGAAACUACAAAGAGAUUUUUCUGGAGAUCUGCCGUAACUGUAGCGCCGUUCUCUGCUGUCGUAUGGCACCCCUGCAGAAGGCACAGAUUGUCAAGCUAAUAAAAUCUUCUAAAGAGCACCCCAUAACCCUGGCCAUUGGUGAUGGAGCCAAUGAUGUCAGUAUGAUCCUGGAAGCACAUGUUGGUAUAGGCAUCAUGGGUAAAGAGGGCCGGCAGGCAGCAAGAAACAGCGACUACGCGAUCCCAAAGUUCAAACAUCUGAAAAAGAUCCUGCUGGUUCACGGCCAUUACUACUACAUUCGCAUUGCUGAGCUUGUGCAAUACUUCUUCUACAAGAAUGUGUGCUUCAUCUUCCCCCAGUUCCUCUAUCAGUUCUUCUGCGGGUUCUCCCAGCAGCCUCUGUACGACACAGCGUACUUGACGCUGUACAACAUCAGCUUCACCUCACUUCCCAUCCUCCUCUACAGCCUCGUUGAGCAGCACGUCAGCAUGGAGACCCUCAAGAGGGAUCCUUCCUUGUACAGGGAUAUAGCCAAGAACUCUCUCCUCCGCUGGCCUGUCUUCCUGUACUGGACGUGCCUGGGCGUGUUUGACGCCGUCGUCUUCUUCUUCGGUGCCUACUUCCUGUUCGACAACACCACCUUCACCAGCAACGGCCAGCUUAUGACCACCAACACGCAGAUGAUGUUCGGGAACUGGACCUUUGGGACCCUUGUCUUCACUGUGCUGGUGUUCACCGUUACACUCAAGCUUGCCUUGGACACACACCACUGGACUUGGAUCAAUCACUUCGUCAUCUGGGGGUCGCUGCUUUUCUACGUUAUUUUCUCACUGCUCUGGGGAGGCAUCAUCUGGCCCUUCCUGAACUACCAGAGGAUGUAUUACGUUUUCAUGCAGAUGUUGUCCAGCGGGCCGGCCUGGCUCAGCAUCAUCCUGCUCAUUACAGUUAGUCUGCUGCCGGACGUCAUCAAGAAGGUCCUCUGCCGGGCCGUCUGCCCGACAGCCACCGAGCGCGCACAGGACUCGAAGAAGAAGAAGCCAGUGCAGGGCAGCAUGGCCGAGUCGACUCCACUGUCCCCCCGCCACUCCCCUAAAGGCAGGAGCACCGACUCCUCCCUCCUCCACCUUUGCAUCCCGGAGACCCUCUCAUGCCACAGGUCUGAUCCCCUUCCCCACAAACUGUUGCUGACCCACUGGGCUGAUGGCAGGGGGGCAGACUUCUGCCCUCUGAGUCCCUACACACUCCGCCUGUCUGGGGCAGGGAUCGCCCACUACGCCCCGGGGCCCGAGACCUCUGUGUGA